AUGAGAAUCAUGAGUGAAACAGGGCACACUGUACAAGUCACUAACCUCUCGAGCAGAGUAUCUGAAAGUGAUCUUCAUGAGUUCUUUUCGUUCUCUGGUCCUAUUGAGCACAUAGAACUUAUCAGAUCAGAAGAUUAUGGUGCCACUGCUUAUGUGACAUUCAAGGAACGCUUUGCCUUGGAAACUGCAGUAUUGCUCAGUGGGGCUACCAUUGUGGAUCAGCCGGUAUGCAUAACUUAUUGGGGACAACCUGAGGAGACUUUUAAUUUCUGGGACAGGCCAACUUGGGAGACCGAAGAGGAAAUCGAAUACAGGAACUACCAAACAUGCCAGUACAACACUACUCCGCAGGAAGCUUUUACAGUGGCUCAAGAUAUCAUGAAGACGAUGCUAGCAAAGGGGUACGUGCUCAGCAAGGAUGCUUUGGCUAAGGCUAAAGCCUUUGAUGAGUCCUAUGGAUUAACAGCUGCAGCUGCAGCCAGGGCUGCAGAGCUGAGCAAGAGAAUCGGUUUAACUGACAGGGUCAAUGCCGGUGUUGGUGCGAUGCGAUCAGUCGACGAGACAUAUCGCGUUACAGAGACAACCAAGACGGUUGCUACUGCCACUGGAAGAACGGCAGCUAAGGUGGUAAAUGGCAUCGUCACCAGCAGCUACUUCUCUGCAGGAGCCAUGAUGUUGUCUGAUGCUCUUACUAGGGCUGCCAAGGCCGCAGCAGAUCUGGCCGCACAUGGUAGGCAGAGUUAA